AUGGAGCGCACUACAUGGCUGGACGGCCUGCGCGGCAUAGCAGCCGCUAUUGUGGCCUUUGAUCACUUCUUCAUGAGCGAAGUGUGGCAUCCCUUCGUCUCAUUCUGGACCGAUCCGCCCGAGGGAAACCGCCACCUGGUUCAACUGCCGCCUAUCCGAAUCCUCUUUUCUGCUCAUGGGAUGGUAACUCUAUUUAUGGUUAUCUCCGGGUAUGCCAUCUCCAUCGGCCUUCUGAAAGAGCAGAACAAUCCUCAAUUCGUGGCGCGGGUGUCGUCCGCCAUCGUGCGGAGGGGGUUUCGCAUCUACCUUCCAGUUCUGGUGACGGCCAGUCUCGCCCAGCUUCUCUUCUUUUUCAAUCUCUAUUCCUGGAAAUUCGAUGAAGGCCUCCUGGCUGACCUUCCCCAGCCCUGGACAGCCCCGUGGGCCCACGUCAAAUGGCUACUCAACUUCAUGGCCGACAGCAUCAAUGUCAUUGCCUUUGAAUAUCGCGGCUGCCUCAACGGCCAACUGUGGACUAUGCCGCUUGAGUUUAGAGGAUCGAAUGUCGUCUAUCUCCUCAUUAUCGGCCUCUCAGCGUGGCGAACGAGGUCGAGGCUCUACAUACUGCCAGUUAUCGCAGUUUUCUACCUCUGGUAUGGCAAUUGGGAUAUUUUCGGCUUCAUCUGGGGACUUUGGCUGGCCCAGAGGGCAAUUGCUGCCUCUUUGACCUCAAGCGAGGAUCUCAGUACCGAAUUCGAGAUGGCAGAGCUUAGGCUCAUGCCUCGGAAGUGCACUACUCUCUCGCGCAUAGGGAUCGCCCUCACAUUUAUCAUGGGCUACUACCUUCUCUGCCUCGGAAACGACGGCUCCCUACCUCCAGGAUACCGCUUCCUCUCCACGUUCCAGCCAGCGCGCUGGAAAGACAAGUGGGAAAUAUACCACUGGUGCUGGAAAUCCAUCGGAUCAGCCAUGCUCGUCUAUGCGAUCGGGGAGUUUCCAUGCUUGCAACGACCGCUCAACACGCGGCCAGUGCAGUAUCUGGGUAAGAUCUCGUUCGCGCUGUAUCUGCUCCAUGAGACAAUUUAUCAGCUGUGGAGGGAUCCGUUAAGAAAUUUUGUUUACUUGCUCCUGAGCGGGAAUGCUUAUGGGAGCAGUGGCGAGGCGCUGGGUGCUGAUCCGUUCUCGUUUCAUGUCGCCUGGUGGGUGACGGGUGUUUUACUGGGAGCGGUAGCAGUGUGUGUUGCACAUUAUUAUACGAUAUAUGUGGAUAAUCGGUGCGUAGCGUUGGUUAGGAGGAUAGAUCGAUGGUUUAGUUCUUGA